GGGAGGGAGGACGCCAUCUUGUUUGUUUUAGUGGGAAAGAGGAAGAGGAGGAAAAACACCGAGCAGCAGCUGCGGCGACGCCGGCAGAGGAGCCCAGAGGGCGGCACGGCGGCUCGACGCCUCCCCCUCCCCCUUUCCCCGGUGGUGAGGAGGUGCUGAGACAAUGUUUUAUGCCCACUUUGUCCUCAGCAAACGAGGGCCGCUGGCCAAAAUCUGGCUGGCGGCCCACUGGGACAAGAAGCUGACCAAAGCACACGUGUUCGAGUGCAAUCUGGAGAGCAGCGUGGAGAGCAUCAUCUCACCCAAGGUGAAAAUGGCUUUACGAACGUCGGGUCACCUCCUGCUGGGCGUGGUGAGGAUCUACCACAGGAAGGCCAAGUACCUGCUGGCAGACUGUAACGAGGCCUUCAUCAAGAUCAAGAUGGCGUUUCGACCAGGUGUGGUGGAUCUCCCGGAGGAGAACCGGGAGGCGGCGUACAACGCCAUCACCCUGCCGGAGGAGUUCCACGACUUCGACCAGCCGCUUCCAGACUUAGACGACAUCGACGUGGCUCAGCAGUUCAACCUGAACCAGAGCCGAGUGGAGGAGAUCACCAUGAGGGAGGAGGUGGGAAACCUCAACCUGCUGCAGGACAACGACUUCGCUGACUUUGGGAUGGACGACCGGGAGAUGAUGCGGGAGGAGAGCGCCUUCGAGGUGGAGAUCAUGGGAGCGUCGGCCUCCAACCUGCUGCUGGAGGCGGAGGGCGGGGCCAACCAGAUGGCCGACAAGUCCAACCACCUGGAGUACGACGACCAGUACAAGGACGACUUCGGGGACAACCCCAUGGAGAGCAACGAGGGGGGGAUGCUGGUGGACAAGCUGCUGAGCAACGAGGACGGAGGCGGCAUCUUCGACGACCCUCCCGCCAUCCCGGAGAGCGUCAUGAUGCCUCAGGAUCACGGCGACGACGAGGACGACUUCGAUGCGCUCUCAGCCGGAGCCCCGGACAGCCCGGACUCCGGCCCGACGGAGCCUCUGCCCACCAUGGCCGACCAGGCGGAGCAGACCAACCUGGUUCACAACGAGGAGGAGACGUUCGCCCUGGAGCCCAUCGACAUCACGGUGAAGGAAACCAAGGCCAAGCGGAAGAGGAAGCUGAUCGUGGACAGCGUGAAGGAGCUGGACAGUAAGACCAUCCGGGCGCAGCUCUCCGACUACUCGGACAUCGUCACCACGCUGGACCUGGCUCCGCCCACCAAGAAGCUGAUGAUGUGGAAGGAGACGGGCGGCGUGGAGAAGCUCUUCUCGCUGCCGGCUCAGCCUCUGUGGAACGCCCGGCUGCUGAAGAUGUUCACCAGGUGCCUCACGCCGCUGGUUCCCGACGAGCUGAGGAAGAGGAGGAAGGGCGGCGAGGCCGACAGUCUGGACGAGUUCCUGAAGGACCUGGAGAACCCGGAGGUUCCCAGAGAGGAAACCGCCGGACACCAGCAGAGAGACAUCAUGGACCAGACCAUCAUGGAGGAGGCCAGCGUCCUGCAGACCUCCGCGGUGGAGGGGAGCAGAACCACGCUGGACGAGGCCGCCAUGCCACCGCCGUCCUCCCAGAGGAGCUUGAAGCGCAAAGCGCAGGACACGGAGCCGGCGCUGCCCAUGGGAGCCUUGGAGCAGCUGCAGCAGCAGGAGUCUGAGGUCUCGGCGGCGUCCCAGCAGCUGGAGACGGCCAGCGUGGAUCUGCCUCCGGAGGAGAGUACCGCCAACAUCAGCCAGCUGAUCGAGCUGGACCUGCUGGCAGACAAGGACAAGAAGAAGAGCGACGAUGACUCCGAUGAAGAGGAGGAGGAGGUGCAGGGAGGAGAUCAGGACCAGGAGGAGAGGAGGUGGAACAAGCGAACGCAGCAGAUGCUUCAUGGCCUCCAGAGGGUGAUGGCGAAAACGGGCGCCCAGUCGGUCAGCCUGCUCGACCUCUGCAGGAACAACAACCGAAAGCAGGCGGCCGCCAAGUUCUACAGCUUCCUGGUGCUGAAGAAGCAGCAGGCGGUGGAGCUGGUCCAGGAGGAGCCGUACAGCGACAUCGUGGCCACGGCCGGGCCGCGCUUCCACAUCAUCUGAGAGGAGAGGCUCUGCGCCGCCGGCUCAUUUUGACACUCACUUCCAUUCCGUGGUGUUUUCGUUUCAGGCAGCGUUACGAGGAAAAAGGUCCAUUCACAAGAGAUUAACUCCUUGAUUUAGUAAAGGAGGAUCGCAACUCCAAACAAAAUACACUUUUAUAUUGAUUCAUUUGUUGUAAUUUGUUAUUUUGGUAUGAAAUGUCUGUUUCUCCAGAGGUCUAAGGCUCUGAUCACAGACAGGUGGUGACAGGACCAACAGCCCACUGUUCUUCCCUCGUGCUCCCGCCUAUUGCAGCCUUAUUUAUUUAUUUACUUACUUAUUAAAUCCUCCUUUUAUUAUUUCUGCUUUUAUAUUUAUAGAAAAAUCAAUGCACCUUAUGUCUAAAAGCCUGUGUCCACACAGCCUUUGGUUUCUGGCUGGAAAAAGCUGCAACACUGCACCAGUGUAUGAGUGUGUGUUUCAGGUGGUGGAGUACACGUGCUGUUUGGAUUCACUAAAGAAAAGGCUCAGAAACCAAUCGGCGUGCGGACCCGGGCUGCAGGUCAGUGUUUAGACUUGGCCGCCUGUGCGUCUCGUUGUUUGGAGCUGCCGUCUCUCACUGUCAGUGUUACCAAAGUGAAGAGGUGAAAGAUGUGUUUACAGUGGUGGAUACUUCACUCCGUCAGCUCAUCCGUGGUCGUUCGCCUCCACCGCACGGAGCAUGCACUGCACCCAGUUUGUUUAAAAGAGUUUUGCACAGGUGUGAGUUGUGAACUCAGCCAGCAGUUAAAUGAAUAUGACUGUAUUGCAGCACUUUAAAGAAAAAAGGAAAUAUUGUCCUUGCAAGCGCUGCGCUCGCAUCUUCUUCCAUGAAAAAUAAUCAUGUCUCAAAUCGGAACUCCAAAUAAGUCCAAGCUGGAUUUUUUUUUUUUUAAUAUGGUAAUAUUGUACACUAAUCCGAGAUAUUUCAGGCAGUUUGCAUGAAGCACUCUCUUCUAGAGCAUGAUGUAGGAAGCUGACAAGAGACAAACGCUGCAAUAACAAACUGGCAUUAGUCUGUAAAGAACUGGGACAUAUUCUAGCUCAACCUGUAGGUGACUGAAAGUAUCCUGCUGUCCUGCAUGCUGGUAUGAAAUAGUUCAUAAGAGUGCAAUUCCCCAGUAGUCGCCACAGAAUAACUCGAGGGCUCUGGAUUCAGAUUUUCACUGUAGUUUUUUUUUUUGUAUAUUCUUGAACAUUUAGAUACAACAGAGCGACAUACAGUGAUGCUAUGUCCUGAUAACGAAGAGUAUUCAGUAGUUUGUGCUCCAACAGUGACUUGUCGUAAAAUAAUGUGCAACAACUACAGAUUUGUAUUUAAUAGCUGCUGUUAUUGAUAUCCUAAUGGAAACCGAUCAGAUUGUUUAUCGUUGAGGCUUUAGGACUGAAUUAAAUGUCAUGAUCUAGGACACGACCUCCACGUGCUUCUUCAGAGAACAUUUUAUGUCUGCUUCCAUAAAAAGUCUCCAUCGUCCGAGUGCAGCGUGUAUUUAAACCAUGUGCCUGUAAACCUGCUUUUUUUUUAUUUUGUAUGAAAUCCAAAGUAAAUGGAGUCUGAAGAAAUGUUGAUGCGUCUC